AUGACCAGAGACGUGCGUGAGGGCGUGUGCUCCUUCUUUGGGCUCCGGUUUCGAGUAUUUGACACAGCAGGACUCGAACCCGCGACCUCUGCCACCCACCAGGGGCAUGGGCAGGGGCAUGAGGGUAGUAGUGGGCCGGGAGAGAGUGGUGGUGGGAGUAGGGUUGUGGGAUUUACUCCGAGCCUGCUGGGGAAUCUACCGGAGGCGGAACGUGCGGCGAUGGAGGCGUCGAUUUUGCAACGAACGGCUGAGAUCACGUCGUACCUGCUGGGGCAGGCAGCUGCGGUGCUGUUUCUCGUGGAUACCAGAGCUGGCAUUCAACCUGCUGACGUGGAGGUUGCUGAUUGGCUGCGCCGCUCCGUCCCAAAGCACCGGGUGGUGGUGCUGGCGAACAAAUGCGAGGGGCUGGGCGGCGACAGCACAGGCCUGCUGGCCUGCCACGUGGCAGAAGCCUACUCGCUGGGGUUUGGCGACCCGAUCCCGAUUUCUGCCGAGUCUGGGGAGGGAUUGGAGGACCUUUAUGCUGCUGUGAAAGGACCUGUGGAGGAGAAAGAGAGGGAGGAGCGGGAGGGGAGGGAGGAGAGGGAGGGAAGGGAGAGGGAGGAGAGGAAGGAGAGGGAAAUUAGGGAGCGGAGGCAGGAGGUGGAAGGAAGAAAGAUGGCCAUAUCAGGUGAGCACAUGUGGCUGUUUCAGGUGGAGGAGAGUUUUACUCAUGUGUUUGGCUUUGAUGCUCUCUACACAGGGAUAAGCGCACGCGCGGAGCGGGGCGAUUCUGCUGCGCUGUUGCCUGAUGGCAAUGAGCGCUCUGAUGCACUGAAUGGUGGCGCUGCUCAUGCCUCUGGAGCUCUGGAUAUAACAACAUUAGAUGCGGCAGAGGAGGAGGAGGAGGAGGAGGAGGUGGAGGAGGAGGAGGACGAAGCAGCAGCACAAGCGUUGUUAUCAUCCUCAGCAGCAGCAGCAGAGGCGGCAGAGGCAGCAGAGAUACCGCUACAGCUGGCGAUAGCAGGGCUGCCGAACGUGGGCAAGUCAACGCUGGUCAACUCGCUGCUGGGCGCGCAGCGCGUGCUGACGGGGCCGGAACCGGGACUCACUAGGGAUGCUGUGCGGAUCGGCAUCACGUACCAGGGCAAACCCAUGUGGCUGGUGGACACGGCGGGGUGGGUGAAGGCAGCGCAGGCAAGGCAGAGGGGGCCGGUGUCGCUGGCACGCAUGGACAUGGAGAGGAGCAUUGGGCGCGCGCAUGUGGUGGUGCUGGUGCUCGAUGCUGCCGUGGUGGCGGAAGAGGAGAAGUCUCUCAAGGCAGCAGACAGGUCGCUGGCGCGGUGGGUGUGGGAGGAGGGGCGCGCACUGGUAGUAGCGGCGAAUAAGAUGGAUGCGGUGGGGGGUGACAGGGACAAGCGGUGGGUGAGGAAGAAGGUCAGGCGGGCCGUCCCAGUGGAGAUCGCUGCUCUGCUGCCACAGGUGGGUGACCGGGGGAGGGACAAGCGGUGGGUGCGCAAGAAGGUCAGGCGGGCCGUCCCAGUGGAGAUCGCUGCUCUGCUGCCACAGCUGCACAACGUGCCGAUAGUGUUCACCUCAGCACUGCAUGGGGAGGGUGGCAAGGAGCUCAUGCAAGCGGUCUCAGAUGCGUACGACCGGUGGAACACUAUGGUGCCUGCUGCGCGGUUGAAACACUGGCUGCCACAGGUGAGCCUUGGGUUUGCUUUUGAGGUGCCUGGUGGCAAAGAAAUGGGAGGCAAGGAGCUGAUGCAGGCACGCAAGCGGUAUCAGAUGCAUACGACCGGUGGAACACCAUGCUGCCUGCUGCCAGACUCAAGCACUGGCUGCCUCAGGUAUGGGCGUGAGGUGAAUGUUGAGUUGACUCGUGCAAGCAACUCCCUCUUCCAAUUUUCAUAUUGCGUUGGUGCACAAACUCUAUGGAAAUAUCAGAAGCUUCCUGGAUCGUGCACCGCAGCUUCCGUCAAGAGCAUUGUGCAGGUCAAGUCACGGCCGCCCACCUUCGUGGUGCGUGUGACCGCCGCUGCUGCAGGGGACCGGUCUCUCGCGCGCUUCUUUUCCACAAGAAUUGCCGCUGACUUCGGUGCUGCUGCUGCUGCUGCUGCUGCUGCUGCUGCUGCUGCUGCGGCUGCAGGGGACCGGUCUUUCGCCUGCUUCCUCUCCUCCAGACUCGCGGCUGACUUUGGUUUUGACGGCGUGCCGGUGCGUGUGGUGCUGAGAACCAAGGAAGGCACCAGAUGGUGA